AUGAAGACCUUCAUUACUCUCAUCAUCGGUGCCGGCCUGGUGUCGGCCGCCAGCCAGGCUGCUCAAGUUGCCGAGGGCAGUGCCGUUAAUGUCAACAACAACAACAACUCGAAUGCAGUCGUCAACGGGUCAGAGGUCGCCCCGGGGGUUGACAUCAACAAUGAGAAUAUUGAUCCGGCCAACCUGAACCUGGGCAACAUGAACGUCAACGGUCUUGACCUCGGUAGCGUCGACCUGAGCAACCAGAACGAUAUUAUCAACGCCAUCGGCCUCAUGAUGAAUUCGCUGUGCCUCGGCAACCUCUUCAACUCGAACAACCUCCUCAACCUGGGCCGUGGCCAAGAUGUCCAGCUCUUCUUGGAGCUGGCUCAGCUCAUGCAGUUGCAACAGCUCGGGUUCCUGAAUGUCUUUGACAUCCAGAAUAUCUUCAAUGCUGGCAACCUGUUUGGCGGAUUCAACUUUGGUGUCUUCAAGAGAGCAGCCGAUGAACGCAAGAAGACUCUGACCCGGUCGAAGCUUCGCCGGGGCACUCUCACAAGGCGGCAGCUCUGCUCUGCCGUUGGAGUUGACCCCAACGCCCCAGGUGCCGGUGUUGCUCCUCCACCUCCUGCGGCUGCUCCGCCAGCUGCUGUUGCUCCUCCACAACAAGCUGCUCCUGUUCAGGCGGCACCUUCCGCUGCGCCUGCGAAUAAUGAAAAGGAGGAUCUCUCGGAUUUUACUCGCUAA